AUUCGUCAUGAUACUUCAAUUGGAGCUAAGUUUUGUACUCAUUACUUAUAGUGCUGAUUUUCAAACUAAAAGGUGUUUUAAUAAAUCUAUUCCAAGCAAAUUCAUUCAGAAAGAAUACGUCGUCCAUGUUGUAAAAGAGGACACUUUUUUUAAAUGUGAAAUGACUUUCUUUUAUAAAUCUGGAAAUCGGCAAUUUCCAUUUACUGAAGAAAUUAUGAUAUCUACUUUCAUAGAAGUAGAAAAGAGUUACGCUAAAAUUUGCAAAAAUCAUUAUAUGAAUUCCUGUAAAAUGUACAAUAGGACAAAAACAAUAACUGAAAAAAAAUCGUUAAUACCAAAGAAAAUGACAGUUGUUGUACAUUUAGAAGAUUGGUUGAAACAGAAAAAGUCAUUCGUUAUGAGAUAUAUUUACCUUUUAACAGAUGUUCUUCAUACUAAGUGUAUGGAUACACUUUUUCUACAUCAGGCAGACAUCGCCAUUAAUCGUUAUCUUAUCAGAAAAACUUACGUGACGUAUUCCUCUUCUGUCACUCACAUUCCAACUACAUUUGCAAUACGUGCUGCAAGACCUUUAGAGAAAACUCUUAUCUUGACGAAACCUUUCGAUAUAAUGAUUUGGAUUUGUAUUCCUUUUUCUUUCUUCGUCGUUUUAAUAACUUUGUAUGGAAUAAUGAAGAAAGAAAGUGAAUAUAGAAAGAAGGAGAUUCCAAAAUUUUCCACUUUAUUUUGGAUUAUAUUGAGACACUUUGUUCGACAAGACACAACAAUAGAUAAUUAUAUUUUCACCACGUUUCGUAUCCUCGUUGGCUGUUGGAUCCUGAUUGCAUUUAUCUUGACAUCAGCAUACGUCGGCACUUUGCCUUCUUUCAUGGUUAAUCCUGGAACUGAAACCAUUCCUCAAACAUUUCAAGAAUUGAUUCAAUCAGUGAAAGCAGGACGUUAUAACAUCACUUUCUUCAGAGACAGCGAUGAAUGUCUUUAUUUUGAUCGAUGUUCAUUUUAUCUGAAUUACAAGAUGGAAAUAGUAAAAAAUGAAAUGAUCGAUAUCUUUAAUGAAAACGUUCGAAAGUUUGACGAGUCAGACUUUUUCAAUUCGAACAAACAAAUUAAAAAAGUACUUAGUGGAACUCACGCCGUAUUAGCAACAAAACAUGAAAUUGAAUCGAGCUUGACCAAAGAACAAAAGGAAAAGGUGUUCAUCUCAGAAGACAUACUUUUUACGAAAUUCCUAUUCGUACAAAUGAGUUUAGUCAGAGUGAAUUAUGCUGACAAAAUCUCUAAACUGGUAAAUAUUUUUGCACAAAGUGGAAUAGCUGAGAAAAUUAACAGAGACCUUGUUGAAGAAAAAACAAGAAAGGACCUGUUCUACUAUGACCAUAAAAUCGAUACAGAUAAUGAUCCUCUGAAAGUAGAUGAUAUUAUGGGUCUACUCUAUUUAUUAGUUACAGGAUAUAUUAUAUCGUUUCUUGUAUUUCUUACAGAAAUUCUAGUAAACAAGAUAAAUAAGAUUAAAAAAAGAAAAUGCAGAGUGAGGCAGUUUAAUAUUGUUAACUAA